AUGUCUACCAGUCUAUGUAUCCAACAGUCUGUGUACGAGUCCACCAGUAUGUCUAAAUGUCUACCAGUCUAUGUAUCCAACAGUCUGUGUACGAGAUCACCAGUAUGUCUACAUGUCCACCAGUCUAUAUAUCAAAUAGUAUGUGUACGAGUCCACCAGUAUGUCUACAUGUCUUCCAGUCUAUGUAUCCACCAGUCUGUGUACGAGAUCACCAGUAUGUCUACAUGUCCACCAGUCUAUAUAUCAAAUAGUAUGUGUACGAGUCCACCAGUAUGUCUACAUGUCUACCAGUCUAUGUAUCCACCAGUCUGUGUACGAGAUCACCAGUAUGUCUACAUGUCUACCAGUCUAUGUAUCCAACAGUCUGUGUACGAGAUCACCAGUAUGUCUACAUGUCUACCAGUCUAUGUAUCCACCAGUCUGUGUACGAGAUCACCAGUAUGUCUAAAUGUCUACCAGUCUAUGUAUCCAACAGUCUGUGUACGAGAUCACCAGUAUGUCUAA